UUCCAGAAGGCCCCAGUGCAGGUAUGAUCACUUGGGACAAUGAUAUAACUUUGAAAUGGGCUCCAGAUUUCCCUUCAUCCAACCACCAUAUUACGCCGAAGACUUGUUUCUACGAUUUGAAAAAGCUUCAAUGGCUCGACAAACCUGUUCAACUUCGUCGCCAAUCUUUUUUCACACAUAUCAUUAAUUAAGCGACACAAUCAACUAUAUAUGAAUGAAUCGUCAAGUUUCAACAGCGUUCAAUUUGCCACAUUUCCAUCUGACAUUCCUCUUUCUUUCUGCUUUACAGGCGCGUUUUGCCUCUACUAAGGCACAAGCUAGCCAGAACUCGAAGCAGAUUGCUGCUGUCACCACUGGUAUCGUCGGUACCGCUGCUUUGGCCUACAGCCUUGUAGACAACACCGUCUCGGCAAAUAUGGCAGACGAAGGUCUUCACCCACCAGCUCAUCCCUGGUACCACAAAAGCCCUAUUCACACUUUUGACCAUGCGGCCGUUCGCCGAGGUUACCAAGUGUACAGAGAGGUCUGCUCAGCAUGCCAUUCUUUGGAUCGCAUUGCAUGGAGAAACUUGAUCGAUGUCUCCCACUCUGAGGAUGAAGUCAAGGCCAUGGCUGAAGAAGUCGAAUACGAGGACGGUCCUGAUGACGAAGGAGAAAUGUUCCAACGACCUGGCAAGCCCUCCGACUACAUGCCCAAGCCAUAUCCCAACGAGGAAGCUGCCCGUGCUGGAAACGCCGGUGCUCUCCCACCGGAUCUCUCUCUCAUCAUUAAGGCUCGUCACGGUGGUGCUGAUUACGUCUUCGCUUUGUUGACUGGUUACGUUGAUGCCCCCGCUGGUGUUGAGGUUCGCGAAGGUCUCAACUACAACCCAUACUUCCCCGGUGGUGCCAUUGCUAUGGCCCGUGUCUUGUUCGAUGGACUUGUUGAGUACGAAGAUGGUACACCUGCUACCUCUUCACAGAUGGCUAGAGAUGUCACUACUUUCCUUGCUUGGGCCGCUGAACCCGAGCACGAUGACCGAAAGAAGAUGGGUAUGAAGGCUACCAUCAUCCUCAGUACCCUCACUCUCUUGACCGUUUACAUCAAGAGAUUCAAGUGGGCUCCUCUUAAGACUCGCAAAAUUAUCUACAACCCUCCAAAAUAAUGGCAUUUUAACAGAUCUCUACAUCCAGUUUGCGUUUGUCCUAUAUCCUUCAAUUCGUUUAACCUCGCCAAAUCUAACAAACUGCCACAAAUCUCAAAUCAAUAAAUUGAUUUAUUUAGAACGGGAUAACACGACAUCCACAUCAAAAAGACAGUUGGACGUGGUUUCUGGAGUAUGAGA